AUUUCAAUGUUGUUUUUUUACGAUUUAUGUUGGAAUAGUUGUGACAUAGAUGGAUCCUAAUUGAUAACUUUAUUUUAGUCCGUUGCAGGUAGUCAAUUCGAGUGACAGGAGCACAGAUUUAAGUGGAAUUUUUGCUGAAUACAUACUUGGAAAGCGUUUCUUCAGCUGGGAUGAAUUUGAGAAGUCAUUAGCAGAAUUUCAAAAAGUGAGGAAGUCAUAUAAUGCUAACAGUGUAGUUAUCCUACACUCACUAUGUUCAUAAUUGCAGCAAAACGAUGCCGGAUGCCAGGUUUAAGUACGCUUAUGUUGGUUUUAAAUGCACUUUUGGAGUGAAUCGUACAAGACCUGGAUUGAAAUUGAAAAACAAGUCGUCUAAAUGUUGCAAUUGCUCGUCUUCAUUUCGCGUGGUUUUGCAUCAUAGUGAAUACAUAAUUGCUUCCCACAAUAUGGUGCAUAACCAUCCAUGCAGCAGGGUGUACAUGCAGAAUGACCCAUGGUAUAGACGACUAACAGUUGAAGAGAAAGAAAAUAUUGAACCACUUCUUCAGCAAUCCCACUCAUCCGAUGAAAUAAUAAUGCAUGUUAAGGAGAAGUACAACAAGGAUAUAACUCGCAUUGACGUUAAAAAUAUGAAAGCCGCAGUGAAUAAAGGUAUUUCGAGUCGUCGUGACAUUUUUGAAUUCCUAAAAUCCCGUGGGAAGUUAAUGGAGUAUUAUUCCGAUGAACCGAUCAGGAAUUCACUAACAAGAAUUUGUUUUGCAACUUAUGAGCAAAUGGAAUUGUAUAAACAGUUCCCUGAAGUUGUUGGUAUCGACUCGACGUAUAAUACAAAUAAAGGGAA